CUCCCCGUCGCACACCAUUCACGCCAUGUACACACAGAUGACGGGAUGAUUGCCAGCUGCACACACGAGCGGCACGGCACACAGGCUUGCAGACCUCAACGACGCAGCUGCCCUGACUUGAUCCACGUACCAUUCAGCACCUUGGUCAGCUCAGACCCGGUCUGAACGACAUCCACAUCGACCACCAGGUUGAGCGUUAGAGCCAUAAUACAUGAAUCUGUACCACUUCCCAGAGUGCCUGCCACGCAGCUGUGUGUUCUGCCGUCCACUCCUCCCCCCCUAUGCUCGCGAAUGUCUCAACGAUGAGCUUCGAAAAGAGCGGCACGUGGGACGGUCUGACUCCGUGCUUAAUGUGGCGGAGUGCCUACAGGGCAUGCCGGAAGGGAUGCAUGACGCAGCGAACGAAGGUGGACUGGCGUCCUGUACUGUGAGCUGCCCACCAGUUCCUUGUUGUUUUGCCACACUUCGGCAGGGUCAUCGAGAUGGGCCAACAGCAUCUUCAGAAUCUGACCGAAGAUCCUGCCGGCAAGCCAGAUACGUAUAUGUCUGCGCAUCCUCUGGAUGCGGUGCUUUGUUCUCACCGUCCAUAUGUGGCUGAUGGCCGGACGAACAGCUUCUGGAGCGUCGGGGCGUUCGAAAACAGAUUGUGCAAAAAGACUAUGCCGAUUUCCUGACACCACACAUCAUGCAGCAACCCAUUCAGAGGUCGCUCCACAUAUCCAGCUGCCCCCCUCCACCGUCGUGUCCAUCCUUGACAAACGCACACUGGCAAUGUCUUCGAAGCUGGCAGUCUCUUCUUGUGCGUCUCCCCAGCCAACAAAGGCAGAAACACGCCGGCUGCUGGAGACCUAUAGGAGACUCAACGACAGCAGCAUUUGUCUGCUCGAAGUCACCAUACGCAGCUUCACUUACAAUGCUGGUACGCGGAGGUGGCGACUUGACGUUGAUGCUGUCUCGCUUCUUGUCUCCCGCUGGACCGCCCCCUCCUUGAGGCUGCUGCUGCUGCUGGUGCUGCUGCUGGCUCAAGGCAGCGGUCCUCUUGCGGUCCAUCACCUCACGCGCAUGGUCAGACCCUGUGCGGCGCCAAAUUGGGAUGUACUCAUCUGCGACCCGCUGUCUCUUCUCAUCUCACGUGUGCUGAGGGUCGUGGCGCUGGAUGUCUCGCUCGUGGCGUCCACCUCGCGGAUGGCGAGGGGACCGUGGCUGCCCUCCGGCAGCUGCGGCGUGGCGUCGACGGACGGUGCCAGCUUGCCCUGAGCGACAUAUGGAGCCAUAAUCCUGGUGUGUGGCAUGUUGUUCCGGAAUUAAUCCAACCACCUCAUCUGUCAGCUUCUGUGAUACAGAUUUCCGGAGGAUCCCCCAAGAGUCCACAAUGGUCGAACGGUACCUGGCCCAAUAAAGCGAACGGGUGUAUGUGGCGAUGGGCGGUCCCUGGUUGGAUCACUCACUCGGGUUUCCAUCUAUCGGUUCUGUCCUAAUGGCGACAAAGCAAAAAAACUCGUCAAACACGUGUGCACCUGAGUCGCUUCGUCCGUACACGUACAUGUAUGGCGACCUCCCUGCACACAUGCAAGAGAGGACCAAGCCAGCCUUGUGUGUAGCUAUCUGUGUAUUUCCCCCAUCGUCUCUUACCAGAGCCAGCUCCACACUUCCUGCUGUGCGGCGUCCCAUCGCGCCCCCAGGAUCUCCUUCAGCGUCUUGAUGGCCACCUCACUCAGCUGCGCACCCGCAAUACCACACAAGUCAUAUGGACGCGUCACACAAUGCACGUCUCCACGAUUUGACUGCCGGUUGCGUUGCUUGCCUUCUUGAUGUCGACUUGGGAUAUGAGGGUCCCUGGCUGGGUGCCGAGACCGAGGGACUUGUUCAAGCCCUGACAACACAUACAUGCAGGAGAUGUGUAGACACGUCUAGCUCUUCCAAAUGUGGACCUGCUUGCCUUAAGGUGUUCCAGGUCAGUCACGAUGCGCACCAUCUUACCCAGAAGGUCGCAUAAUUCCCUGGCCAUCCUCUUGAGGCAUACAAACAAACACAAAGAGGGGAUUCCUGUACAACCCCCACGUGUUGUCUUGUACGUAUCUGACAUGGUGUAGCUCAUUGCUGUUUAUGCUGGUCACGCGAACACCAACUGCCGUGGUCUUUGCCCUCAUCCCAAGGCUCUCAGCGUCAACCAUCAGAUUGGCAUGCAGCUUGUAUUGGCUGACACAUAAAAGGAGACAUCUGGAUGUACAGGGAAGACGGACUGCAGCCCGCCAUUCUUUUCUGUGCUUGUACAAAGUCUCAAUCCCGAACUCAUCAUUGAUAACCUGUACAUAAAGACCAAUGCACACUGUGUGCACAAAAGUGCCUUUCUCUGCCACUAGCAGCAGCGCGCACUCGUCCGUACGUACGUUCCAUACGAAGAGGAGUGAUUCGACGCGCCUCUGGCUGGCCGAGACAGACGACAUGAGCAGCUCAGCUACACCAUUCCACAGCCACGUCCACGCCUCUCCUACCUGCCAUCAAUCAAGGUCAAACGCAUCCGUCCCCAUGGAAUAUACUCGUGUAAAGAUGGGUUUGCCGCCUACGUUCGAGUCCCACUCGUCGCCCAGCACCUGCUCCCUGCAGAAAGGCAUACACUACUGAAAGAAUGCGAGUGUCUUGCCUUCUCUCCCUGUCGGCUCGCCUGUUCCAGUGCAACGAGGACAGCCUGUUGGAGGAUCGGAAAGUACUGGAAGGGAUCGUCCUACAGCAUUGCAGCACAGUCAGUCAUUGAAGAGGGGGAAUGUAUAGCAAUGAGUAUACGGACCAAGUCAGCAAAGUAGUGGACGUGUCUGAGACCGAGGAUGCGCAUCGACUGGUCCAGGCUCACCAAGUCGCCAGCAAAUGAAACCAUAGUUGCCUAUGUUGGCAACCAUCGAUACACAGACGCAUACAGCCAUAGACAAACACAAUGAAGGGCGUGUGCGUGUACAUCAUUUAUGCCUUCACAUCCUCACUGACAUACAAGAACUGUCUCGAAUGCUUGCGCCAUGUACAUGCUGCAUACGCAACCACACACACAAAGGCACACAGCAUCUCGACAGGUGGUUGUUGCUUACGCGCCGCGUCUGUAGAUGGAUUGGAGCUCAGGAGCAUAACGCAGCAUCUUGGAAAAGAUGAUCGCGCCUAUGCUGCGUUGUAUACAUAGAUAAAGACCAUGAGUACAUGACGAAGAACCUCGAUGCGGGCCAUCAGCAAUCAUGCCACCUCGCACCUGUCUCUUGCCGUCUGCUUGCUGAGCAAGCGGAUAGAAACCAUCAAAGAAAUCACCAUGUAUCCCGCAACUGAAGUCGCUUCUCUUCUGUGUCCUUACGCUAUGACACGACGCCGUGACUCCAUGAUGAGAUCGAGGUAGACCUCGGCCGCCUCAGCCUCAUCCUCCCCCAGCCGAUCGUCCACUGCUCCCUCUAUCUGCUCUACUAAGUGGUCCGCGCUGAAGUCACUCUUGGGAGUGCCGACCUCGACAUUCGCCCCAUGACACGCCUCACGGACAAACAGACGACGAUGUCCAUUCGUGCUGACCUCCACGUCUCUCUCGUAUGCUAGGCGCAUGCAGCCGAUGUCAUGAUCAUUUCGCGACGCGGCGAACGAGCGAGUCCCGACCCCCCGACGGAGGAGGGCAACUCAUGC